AUGACAGUUAUAACUCCCUUCUCAACUUUUUACAACCCUCAAGUUUCAUUCUUUGGUAGUGGUGCUAUCGUUGCAGCUAUUGAUGAUAUCAAAAGAAAUGAAUACAAAAGCGUCUUGAUUGUUACCGACCCAGGUAUCAUCAAGACUGGAUUAUCAGACAAAGUUACUGCAUUGUUGAAAGAAAGAGACAUAAAAGUUUCAGUUUAUGGUAACUGCAAGCCAAAUCCUGCUAUUCAAAACGUUGAAGAAGGUUUAGUUGAGUUAUCAAAAGCGAAUGCGAAUGCCAUCGUAUCCAUUGGUGGUGGCUCUGCUCAUGAUAAUGCUAAGGCUAUUGCUCUUAUUGCAACAAACGGUGGUGAAAUUAAAGACUAUGAAGGGUUAGAUAAAUCCAAAAAGGCUUCUUUACCUUUAUUUGCAAUCAAUACCACAGCAGGUACUGCUUCUGAACUUACAAGAUUCACCAUCAUUUCAGACGAAGCCAGAAGAACUAAAAUGGCCAUUGUUGAUGCCCAUGUCACACCUACUGUUGCUGUUAAUGAUCCAGAAGCCAUGAUCGGUAUGCCACCAGGUUUAACUGCUGCAACUGGGUUGGAUGCUCUUACUCAUGCCAUUGAAGCUUAUGUAUCCACUGCUGCUACACCAAUCACUGAUUGUUGUGCAUUGAAGGCUAUUGACUUGAUUGUCGCGAAUUUACAAAAUGCUUAUGAUGAUGGUAAGAAUUUAGAAGCUAGAAAUAAUAUGUGCUAUGCUGAAUAUCUUGCAGGUAUGGCUUUCAACAAUGCCUCUUUAGGUUAUGUUCAUGCCAUUGCUCACCAAUUAGGCGGUGUUUAUCAUUUACCACAUGGUGUUUGUAAUGCUGUUUUAUUAAAUCAUGUUCAAAAAUUCAAUUCUGCUGAUAAGAAUGCUAAUGACAGAUUAAAAGUUGUUGCUAAGCAUUUACGUGCCGAUGAAGAAACCGCUGAAAGUGCUGUUAAGUUCAUCAGAGAAUUUGCAGAUAAAUUAGGAAUUCCAAAGAAUUUAAAAGAAAUGGGUGUUAAAGAGGAAGAUUUUGAGUUAUUAGCUGAGAAUGCGAUGAAAGAUGUUUGUCAUGUUACUAAUCCAAUUCAAUUUACAAAAGGUGAAGUUAUUGAAGUUAUAAAAUCUGCCUACUAUUAG